GGAACUGUCAAUGCAUGACUCCGCCUCUAGCUCCGCUGAAGGGUGAGCGUAUUGUGUAUUUGCGCCAGCAGCGCACCAUUAAUUGCGUACGGCACUUGAAGCACAAAAGGUUGCGAUAUCAUUUGCUGGUUCGACUGCUUUCACCCAAUACAACACCCAUCGGUAUCCAGCAGCAGUACGAGAAAGUUUUUACGACCAGAAAACACAUUUCACACAGUAUCUCAAUACCGCAAUAGCGAAGGAAGCACCAACAGCGGCAAAAAUACAAACAACUGCGAUGUCCGACGAAGGCCAAGAUAAUGGAGCCAACCGGAAUGGUUCGGUGCCCGAAAUAGAACUGAUCAUUAAGGCAUCAACAAUUGAUGGCAGAAGGAAGGGAGCAUGCCUAUUCUGCCAAGAGUACUUUAUGGAUCUCUAUCUGCUGGCGGAGUUAAAGACGAUCAGCCUGAAGGUGACGACAGUGUGUAUGCAGAAACCUCCACCAGACUUUCGCACUAACUUCGAGGCCACACAUCCUCCGAUUCUCAUAGACAAUGGGUUAGCCAUACUUGAGAAUGAGAAGAUUGAGCGGCAUAUUAUGAAAUCGGUGCCAGGUGGAUAUAAUCUUUUUGUUCAGGACAAAGAGGUAGCCACAUUGAUAGAAAAUUUGUAUUCUAAGCUAAAGCUGAUGCUGGUGAAAAAAGACGAGAAUAAGAAUAACUCGCUGUUGGUUCACUUGAGAAAGAUUAAUGAUCACUUGGCAGCCAGAGGCACUCGCUUCCUUACUGGCGACACGAUGUGCUGUUUCGAUUGUGAGCUGAUGCCGCGGCUGCAGCAUAUCAGAGUGGCUGGGAAAUAUUUUGUCGAUUUCGAUAUACCAAAACAUUUAACUGCGUUAUGGCGGUACAUGUACCAUAUGUAUCAGUUAGAUGCAUUCACGCAGUCUUGCCCCGCCGAUCAGGAUAUUAUAAAUCAUUACAAAUUGCAACAGGCAAAAGGUGACAUUAAGAUGUUGAAAAUGAAAAAACACGAAGAAUUGGAGACGCCAACAUUCACCACGUCAAUCCCCGUUGAUUUGAAUGAGCAAUAAGGGAGACAAUAACUAGCAGUAAAAAAAGAUAUCUAGAAAAUAUCUACAUCUUGUGCAGUAUGGAAAUAGAGAGAGAGUGAGUUAGGCAUUAUGAAUAGUUUUAGACGAUUAAUUCCAAAGUCUAAGAUCUACAGUAAUGCUUGUUUGGACCAAUGUGAACCAUAACAUCGCAAACGAACUGUCCGUACUAUUCAUUUUGUGCUGUCUUCUUCUUUUUUACCUUUACGUUUAAUACAUACCAUGCCUUGCGUUGGAGAGUUGUAAACAGGAUAGAAAUAAGCACGUUUCUGCCUUUUUAUAUCAAUGGUUUGCCUUAAUAGCACUUCCAGUGUUUCAUGUAAUCAAAAGUAAAAUUGAAUUCUGAAUUUAAAACCGCUUACACAUUUGCACUCAUGCAAAAUGUAUAAGUUAGUAAUCGCAAACGGUGUUAGCAAAUUAUUUGCACUGUGUUCAGCACCGUAAUGAUUAAUUAUAUAAAUAUAGUUGCGAUUGACCCAGCAUGUAGAAUGGACAAAGCAAAUUUAAACAAAAUGGAGUAAACAAGCCAACAACGAAACGACCAGUUUUCUACACGUCAACAAAAAAACGAAGCAGUAUAGCAUCAGCAUAAUUGGAGAAAGCUGUGUAUAUUGAUUGAAUUGUGGUAGGCUUCACAUCUUUAUUAGGUUGCAUGUUAAGUUUUACUUUCAACCCACUUUGUGUAAAAGGCAUUUUAGUUGUCUUUUUUUAUUUUUAUCAUUGGUCGGUAAGUUUGAAAUAAACACGCGCCCUGUUGAAUAUGUGUCCUAUAUGCAGCUCUAGCCUACCUAGAAGAGUGCAUUGUUUCAAUUAUUAGUGUAGUCGAGUAGCAGGAAGAAUGUUGCCACAAAUUUUUAGUAAUGU